AACUCUACCUUCUCAAUUUUUUUUCUAUGUUUAAUAUUAUUUUAUUUAGUUUAUAUUUAUUUAUAGUUAAUAAAGUUAGUAUUACUUUUUCAAAACAAAUUAAAGUAUCCAACCUUCCCCGCAAUCAAUCAGCUUGUCUAUAAAUAGAACAGUUUUUAUAGCUUUUAUUCUUCAAAGAGAGAGAACUAGCUUUUCAUAAUCCGAAAAAAGAGUAAUCAAGAAAAGAAGAGAAGAGAUGGGUGAGGAAAACCAAGUCAUCGAAAACAAACCUGCCCUUUACAAGGGUCUCCUUAACAGUGAUGCACUUUAUAAUUAUAUACUUGAAACCAAUGUGUUUCCGAGAGAGCAUCCAUGUUUGAAGGAGCUUCGUGAGAUGACAGAAAUACACUCUCAGGGCAUUAUGCUUAUACCUGCUGAUGAAGGACAGUUUUUAAGCUUGUUGAUUAAGCUGAUGAAUGCAAAGAAGACAAUGGAGAUUGGUGUGUACACUGGCUACUCUCUUCUCUCCACUGCUCUUGCUCUUCCCUCUGAUGGAACGAUAUUGGCUUUAGACAUUAGUCGUGAAUACUUUGAGUUGGGAUUGCCCAUGAUUAAAAAAGCUGGAGUGGAUCACAAGAUUGAAUUUAGAGAAGGACCUGCUGUUGAUCUUUUAGAUGAAAUUCUUCAAGAUGAAAAUAACAAGGGAACAUUUGAUUUUAUUUUUGUGGAUGCUGAUAAGAAUAAUUACUUAAACUAUCACAAGAGAGUAAUUGAGCUUGUUAAAGUUGGGGGAUUGAUUGGAUACGAUAACACCUUAUGGUGUGGAUCAGUAGUGGCUCCACCUGAUACUAUUAUUUAUGAAACCAUUCGGAACUUACGUGAAUAUGUGAUUGAGUUUAACAAGUAUAUAGCUCAAGAUUCAAGAUUUGAGGUUUGUCUGGUUUCUAUAGGAGAUGGGAUUACCCUAUGUCGCCGCAUCAACUAAUCCCUCCUAUGUGGUCAUUUCUUUGUUUGGAGAAUUUGAAUUUUUAAUAAUAAGGUUAUGGAGUAUGAAGUGUGCUAGAAGUUUAUAAGAAAUAUCUUUAUUAUCUACAAUGUUAUGAAUAAGGAAUAUGAAUGUCAAUAUUCAUUUUCUCUGUAUUUUUUAUUUUAAUUUUAGUGAUUUUUAAGAAUGAUUUUAGUUAUUGUAAUUUGCAUUUAAUCAUAUGAAUAUCAGCGAUGCUAUCUUGACACAAUA